UUUUUUUGCUUGAGCCAACACAUUUUAACUCUGUAAAAUAAUUAUAAACAAGAGUCCAGCAGUAUCUGGCUUUGUUGACAAAAAAAAUAUUAGUACCAAUACUGGUAAAAUAUGUUUUAAAAUUUGUUAAGGCUCUGUUUACCCAGGCUAACAAGUUUAUUUUUCUAAAUUGUUUGUUUAUUUAAUGAGAUGCAAACUGUUAAAGAAUGCUUGACUGGUGGUGUUGCAGCCAGUGGUGCUUGUUUCUUCACCAAUCCGUUAGAAGUGGUAAAAACACGCAUGCAGCUGCAAGGAGAAUUACAGUCUCGUGGUUCAUACAGAGUUCACUAUAGAAAUGUCUUUCAUGCGUUUUAUACCAUUGGUAAGGUGGAUGGCGUUAUAGCACUACAAAAAGGCUUGGUUCCGGGAGUUGCUUUUCAGUUUGUCAUGAAUGGUUUAAGGUUAGGAACAUUUCAAGUAUUCUCAGACUUGGGUUGGACGAAAAAUAAAGAUGGCUACUCAAGUCCACUGAGAUGUGCUGUAUUUGGCGCGGCGUCAGGUUGUAUAGGGGCUGUUAUUGGAAGUCCGGCAUACAUGUUUAAAACUCAACUACAAGCACAAGCCAAUUCUGAAAUAGCAGUGGGACACCAACAUAAUAUAAAAAGUUUAUCCUCCACGAUGAAAAGCAUACACAGCCAACAUGGCGUCGUUGGUCUCUGGCGUGGUGCUUCUGCUGCGAUCGCGAGAGUAAGCAUAGGUUCUGCGGUGCAGUUAACAACCUUUUCAAGAAGCAAGGACUUCAUUUUGCAAAAUGACUUCUUUUUAAAAGACAGCAUAAUGGUACCCUUUACUGCGAGCAUGUUAGCUGGACUCUUCCUCGUAGGUGCUAUGACUCCUUUCGAUGUAGUGUCAACACGAAUGUAUAAUCAAGGUGUGACGAGCAAAGGCGAUGGAGUGCUGUAUAAUAACUUAUUUGAUGUGUUUCGGAAGAUUUACCGUAGAGAAGGCAUCAUGGGCUUCUACAAGGGGACCGGUGCCCAUUACUUUCGUAUAGGACCACAUACAACGUUAAGUUUAGUGUUUUGGCAAAGGUUAAGACUCUUUGUAGAAGGCGAAAGCUAGAAAGAACGCUGUGUUUAGCUAAAUUGACAAAAAUUAAUUUUUUUGUGACUAGGAGAAAGAAUAAAUAUUAACAUGAGUUCAGUUUAAGUCAGAAGUUCGAUGAUCAGAUAUUUUAUUGAUGACUUUCAAAUGUUAAAAUGUUUGGUUAUUUUCGCCACAAUAACAAAAAUACAUUUACGCAGUUUUUUAUUGUACCUAUUUUGAAUCUGUUAUGUAAUCCAUGUAAUAUUUAUAUUUUAGUCUUAGCGGAAAUUCAAAAGUAAAAGUUUGCAUUAUAUAGGCAACAUGAGGAAUUUUUGCGAUAUUUAAAUUAUUUCAGAUUUUGCAAUAUGUUUUUUCCGCAAAAAUUCUUUCCUUAACAUCACUCUGUGCAUUAUGCAAUAUUUUUUUGGAAAUUUAAUUUAUUUAUUUGUUUUUUUAAUUUAUACUAUAAUUGUUAUCAUAUUGUUAUCAAAAUAAGCAAGUGAAUAAACUCGGA